UGAAUCAGAUUUCUGGAGGAGGAGAUGAAGGAGGGGGAGAAGGAGUAGGAGGGGAGGAAGGGGUGCUGUGGUGGCUCCCCUGGCCUACUUUCACCAGCCAGUUCAUCCUCCUGGGAACACUGGAGGUACAGUCGAUGAGGGGAGUUCAGCCACGCUUGGCCUGUCACUGCAGGACAGCAAAGAAAUGGCUGCACUCACGAGGGGUGCAAGAGAAGAGGGGAAGGCUGGGGGUGGGGGUGGGCUAAAUUUACUAUAUAUAUAAAUAAGGAACAAGGGCAAAAAAAGGUCCAAUCAUUCCUUGUUUCCAUCUUUACACUCUCCAUUUACUCUCAGCCUCUGUGCCUCAUGUGUGAGCUCUCUCCUGCCUGGUUAAGCUCGGUGCCACCAGAUGAAAGAAAGACAGAAAAAAAAUAUAUAAAGAAAUAUCUCAGCAGACUGACACACAUCUCUGCACAUUCCCUCCUACCCUCUCUGGUUUCUUCAGGCUCCUGUCACCGACUGAGCUACAGCAAGUAGACAGGCACCGUAAUUACUAAGGUGGAGGAGAGCUUCACACAAGAUCGCCUACAGGUGUUUUUACAAGCAGAUGAUAACGCGCAGAAACCAGAAGAGUUCAAAUAAAACACAGUUUGGCAACGUCUUAACAUAUAAAGCAUUAAACACACUUCUUAUUUCAGAUGCUGCAUGUCAAUACUUUGUUUUUCUCUUUUCAUGCCUUUGCCCUCCAAUGGAUUUGUUCAAUGAAGGGGGUUGUUGCUAGGUUACCGCCAGGUAAUACACAUUAUAACUGGAGUUUGUCAAGCUGAAGGUGUGUUUCCAAAUAAAGAUGAUUCAUUACAUGCUGGCUUAAGAGUAAAACUGUUAUUUCCAUUGUCACCCUCCUGCACCCUGUGUUCUUUGUGAGCUUGGCGAUGUGACAGACACAGGCUCCCGAAGCCAGAUGGAGAUGCAUGAAUUCACAGACGAUUUCAUGUGAAAGCACACUGAAUCUGAACCGUGUCUCACACAUAUUCUUGGGGGGGUGUUUGCCACUCGGAGAUGGUUUCUGUUAAAAUAUCUAGGUUAAGAAGGUGCAUUUUCCAAAAGAAAUGCCUCAAGAUCGACAUUACGACUUAGUAUGCAAUAGAACAUUAAAGUCUUUUCAGCAGCAGGAUAAGUUAAUGUGUGCAUUACUUCCUUACAGGGCAGCUAGUGGAUGAGUUCUGCCCGUCUACACCCUUCCUCCUUGUCUUUUAAUUCAGGACCUGCAGUCAAAGAGGGUGCAGGACACCAUGAGGCAGGACACAUCUCCUCUGGGCACUGGCUGA